UUUUUUUAAUUUGUUAUUUAUACUUGCUAUUUUAUAAUGCACAUUCCCUUCACGAUUGGAAAGAUGAAUGUUCCUCUAGUGGGUCAGAAUCGUUGUCUUUGUAAUUGCAUAUUUGAUGCUGUAGGGGGCAGCAUAUUGCGGAUAUGGAAUUGUGAUAAUUGAUCGCCAGAAGAAGAGCGAAGGUAGAUUUGUUGUGGUUUUAUUAGCAGUGGCUCGCAGAUCAUUCCAGACCUCACCUCAUCCCAUUUCUGGAUUCGUUUUUCUCAAAUCGUAGAGGCAUUUGUCGUUAUUCUUCUCGAUUUGGACUGAUACCCUUCAAUAAUUCAUUUGUCAUCCAUUGCCGCAUUAUCAGUACCAUCUUGUCUUCCCUCCAGUCGUAAGCGGAAAGAGGUGAAACUAUUUCCUUUUAAACUGAGUGUGCAGUGAAAAAAAAAAUCCCACAAUCAGCAUUCAGACUUGUGGCAAGAUGCCGCUGUUUUUUAAGAAGCGAAAGCCAUGUGAGGACUCACAGAAGAGGCUUGAGUACCAGCUGUGUCGGUCCAAGGAGGCUGGAGCUGAUGACAUUCUGGAUAUAUCGUCAUGUGAACUCUCGGAGGUUCCAUCAAGUGCCUUUUCCAUUUGUAAGGUUCUUCAGAAAAAGGUUCUUAUCGUCCAUAACAAUGGGCUGCGGACUCUGCUGACUAAAGGCUGUGACAUCAGCGCUUUAAUGACUUUAAAGGUUUUGGAUCUUCAUGAGAACAAAAUUAUUGCUCUGCCAGAUGACAUUGGGAAAUUGUCGUCACUGCAGAUUUUGAAUCUGGAAAAGAACCGUUUAAAGGUUCUCCCUGACUCAAUUGGUGAAUUACGACUUUUGCAGACACUUAAUCUGAAAGGCAACUGCCUCAAAGAGCUGCCAAGCUCAAUGAGCACUUUGAGCAGCUUGCGCACACUCGAUGUGAGUGAAAACUACAUCACAGAAUUGCCCAAAUCCAUGGCCUACAUCCGGACAUUGGAGAGCUUUUCAUUGGAUGCUGCAGCGAUGUCUUUCCCUCCUGCUACUGUGUGUUUGGAGGGAACAGAGAGUAUCCAGCGCUACCUGUGUGCAGAGGUGGGAGAAGAAUACUGCCCCCCGUCUCAGUAUCUUCUGCCAGUGCUGGAGGAUUCUGGCAAACAGGUGUUGGACUCUGUGGAUGGACUUGAGGAAGCAUGGCAGAAUAGAUUCAGUGACUAUGAGAAGAGAAAGGAGCAAAAGCAGCAGGAGAAACUUGCAUUUGAGCGACAUUUGGAGGAAAAACAGAAAGAGCAAACAAACCUUGUGCUCAUGAACACUUCCCGCAAGGAAACUAUCCUCAACUCAGUCCGACAGGAGCAGGAACGUAUGGAGCAGGGUGUCAGCCAGCAGCAGCGGGCGCAGGAGGCUGAGAGGUUACUGGUGUUAGACAAGGUCAGACAAGCUGAAGAUGACAUCAGCAGUCGCAUCAGCAACAUGCUAAUAGGUAACAACAGGCAGAAAAAGAGUGCCGAGUUUCUGCAGUCAAUGGAGGAGGACCGGAUCCGUAUGGAGCAUCUGACUGCCAUCACGCAGGAAGAAGCUAAUUCACUGAGGAAGAGAGAAGUGGCUGCUGCCAUGCAGAAGAUGCUGUCUGACAGCACUGCUGUGAGUUACCUCCAGGAGGCCAGUGAUCACCGCCGAAGGAAUCUUGUCUCUGAAACCUAUAGAAGUAUGGAGAAUCUGGACAGGAAGUUUGAUAAGAUGCUGUCUCUUCAAGUUUUGGACAAAUCUAAAGCCAUCGCCCACAUUCUACAAGAGGAGGAGAUGCAGAAAGCAGCGUUUCAAGCUCUGCAGCUGCAGAAAGAUGCCGUCCAUGGUUACAUCCGCAACCAGAUCAAGCUCAUUGAGGGUGAAUUAAUGCAGCUGACAAAACUGGAGGUUAAAAGACGAAAUCUGGACGCUGAGAACCUGCAGGAGGUUCUGGUUGAGCAACGCACUGCUCUUGGUGACUUAUUACAGCAGCUCAUCAAGCAGAAACACCAGAGAGAGCAGGAGCUGCAGCAUGUUCUGCUGGAAAUGGAGAAGAAAUCUGAAUCCAAUCAGCAGAACUAUUGGAUGAUCCAGUACCAAAGACUGCUGGAUGCCAAGCCACUUUCAUUGCGCAUGCAGGAAUCUGGUGUGGAGAAAGAGCUUGUCAAUCUUUUAUGUAAACUGUCUGCGCAACAUUAUCUACCAGUGUUGGCUCACCACAGAGUGACGGUUGAGGCGCUUCGCCACAUGAACUCCUCUGAUCUCAAAAAGCUUGGUGUAAAUGAAAUUGGCAUCCAGAAAGCUUUGUUGAACUGGGCCCGUGAAUACCAGCCUGAAGCUGGAACUUCUAAGGGUUUUGACAAAGUUGAAGAAACAGAAGUGCUGCCGAGAGUUCCAUCAACCCCUCGUUCUUCCACCUCUCAGAGUCCCCCUCUGACCCCUGGAACUCCAGUCACACCCUCUGCUCCCAGCCCAGUGGAGGGACCUGGGGGCUCCGAGUGUGUGGUGUGCAUGGAGCAAGGGUCUCAGGUGAUUUUUCUGCCCUGUGGUCAUGUUUGCUGCUGUCAAGUCUGCAGCGAUGCGCUUGAAAACUGCCCUCUGUGCCGAGGCUGCAUAUCCCAGCGCGUGCGUCUCUACCAAAGCUAAAGGCAACCACCAGAUGUGUGUGAUCUCUUCCCCUUCACCGGUGCAUGGUUUAAUGCUGCUCGCUUUUGCAGGGUAAAACAGCUGCAACACCUGAGUACUUUAAUUGGCAUAUUUUAUUUGUUUUUUCUUUCCACUAGUAAUUAAGCCUACUGUGUUUUGUCUUCUUUUUUUAAAUAGAUAUAUUCAAAAAGUACAUUACUAAUUGUACUGUUUAACGCAGAUUGUGUUCUCUAUCUUUUAAAAUGUAUGUAUGUGCCUUCCUCUGGCAAUGACUGCUCUGACGCUGUUCCAUUUGCAUCUGUAUCACACAACCCUGCAAGUUAUGUUACAUUAUUCUAUUAUUUAAUCGUUAAAUAAUUUACUCACGUUCUUUUGAGGCCAUGUUGUUUCAUUUAUGUUUGCUAUCAAGCAUUUCCUUGAUGUUAGAGACCACACAAAAUAGCCAUAAUGCUGGAAUAUAUGUGCAUGCCAUGUGGCCUCAUGAUUGUAGCAUCAAUACACAUAACCCAAACCCCUUGAGCUAACGUCAUUAAGUAGAGCUUGACUGGAAGUCUCUAACAAAACUUAACGUAGUAAGGAAACUCCCUAAACAUUAUCAUGUUGCGUGUCGGGAGAUUAGCAAUGUGCAUUUUUUUAUAGACAAUCACAUGAAAACCAGACAACACUCAAUGUGAAAAAAAUUUGUGUUGUUGUUCUCAUCCAUUUCACUUGAUAAUCUAGGGUUUGGUCUGAAAACAAAUCAGACUUUAUAAAAAUGGAAUGCCAUAGCUGAAAGUUUGCGCUGACUGUUCAAGUAAUCACUUUGCUGAGCUGAGCGCUAGGAUCAUCAAUUAACUUGCUUAAGUUGUCUUGUCAUGUGGAACUAAACCAAAUACUGUUAAUACAUUGACACUGACUGUGCGCAGCCAUCACAAGCGUUAGUAUAUUCAAGUGCUCUUAACUCUCCAUGUUAGCAUGUUUCAAGAAAUCCACUUAUUAAAUGUAAGUCUGUUGUGUGUAAACAUAUAUAAAUGUCAACAGUCAUUGUCGUGCAAAAUGUGUGUUUUUAUGUCUGUUUUUUGAUGCCUCAUCAUGUGCAAUAUACCCUGAUGAUAAAGACAUGUUAAAAUGUUUCACUGUGUCUCAUUAAAAAAAGGGAACCAGAAGAUUAUUUUGUGACGGAGAACAGUGUUGAAAUCUCUCAAGUUUUCAUAAAUUAUUGUCAUCACAGUGUUGCGUAAUUCAUUCAAAUUAGAAACAAGACUAAGUGGGCCGAGAA